GUUUGUUUACUUCCGGUGAAUAGUUCACCGUCUUCCGUAUGAUGAAAUAGAUAAGAUAGUGGAGUAAAGGUAGCCUAACCCUGCUAGCUGGUAAGAUGGAGUCCAGUGAGGCCGGGGACAGGGCCAGGUCCGGGGGACAGAGUUUAGGAGCAGGCUCCUUGGUGGCAGAGGAGAACUACUUCCUAGGUUACACAUUUACAGACCGCUCCCACUCCAGCCGCGUGGUGCAGAGCAUCAUGGACCUGUGUCUGCAGGAUGGGCUGUUUGCUGACGUGACGGUGAUGGUGGAGGGGAGGGAUUUUAACCUGCACCGCCUGGUACUGUCAGCCCAGAGCAGCUUCUUUAGAUCCAUGUUCACAUCCAACCUGAGAGAGGCUCACACACGCAGCAUCCAACUGAAGGACGUCAGCGCGUCAGUCUUCCAGCUGCUAGUAGACUACAUCUACCACGGGACAGUGAAGCUGACCGUGGAGGAACUGCAGGACACCUAUGAGAUGGCUGACAUGUACCAGCUGACUGCUCUGUUUGAAGAAUGCUCCCGCUUCCUGUCACGCACUGUAGAUGUCAAGAACUGCCUACAGGUGAUGUGGCUAGCAGACCGACACAGUGACCAGGAACUAUAUACUGCAGCCAAACACUGUGCUAAGAUCCACCUGGUCCAAAUCCACCAGACGGAUGAGUUCCUCAACCUGCCACUCUGUCUCCUCAUGGACAUUAUCAAAGACGGUGUUCCGACGUCUCAGAACCCCACGGUAGCCAUCGAAUCCUGGAUCAACCACAACAAGGUGGAGAGAGAAGAGUUCUCCACUGUUCUCCAGGAGAACCUCAAGGAGAUUGGGGAGAAGGUGCAUAUCUACCUUAUAGGUAAAGAGGAGACGAGGACCCACUCCCUGGCCGUUUCCCUGCACUGUGACGAGGACGACACCAUCAGCGUCAGCGGCCAGAACAGCCUGUGUCACCAGAUCACUGCAGCCUGUAAACACGGGCCGGACCUCUACGUGGUGGGGGGGUCCAUCCCUCGCCGCAUGUGGAAGUGUAACAUGCAGACUAUGGACUGGGAGCGCUGUGCCCCCCUGCCCCGAGACCGCCUCAGCCACACCAUGGUCUCCGUCUCGCUCCAGGACGCCGUCUAUAGUCUGGGAGGUAAGACGCUCCAGGACACGCUCUCCAACGCUGUCAUUUACUACACGGUGAAGGACAACGUGUGGACGGAGACUAGCCCGCUGGAUACGGCGGUGUCUGGGGCGGCGGGGGUUAACCUGGGAGGAACCAUCUACGUACUGGGUGGGGAGGAGAACGACAUGGACUUCUUCACCAAGCCGUCACGACUCAUCCAGUGCUUCGACACGCAGACGCAGAAGUGCCAACUGAAGCAUUACGUGCUGCCGUUCGCGGGAGUGAUGCACGCCGCCGCCCACAUGGACCUGCUCUUCAUCGUUGCGGAGGGGGACUCCCUGAUCUGUUAUAACCCCCUGCUGGAGAGCUUCACCAGGCUGCGCUUCCCCGAGGUGUGGAGCUGUGUGCCGUCCUUCUGGAAGGUGGCCAGCUGUAACGGCUCCAUCUACGUGUUCAGAGAGAGGUGUACAAAAGGAGACGCUCACACGUUGAAGUUUAACCCCGCUACGUCAGUGGUGACUGUUAUCAAGGGGAUUAAGAUACUACUGACCAACUGGCAGUUUGUACUGGCCUGAAGUUUAACCCCGCUAAGGACAAAGCACUCUGUCCCGACUUGUGUGGUGUGACCCAAGCAGGAAGCACGUACAUUACGUAGCAACGUGUGUCCCUCUGUCUCCAUGGUGAUCAACCCCAGGUGCUCCUCGACUGCCUCACCAACUGGAAGAGCGUAAGUCGACGACAGUGCUACAACGUGAAUUAGUUUUGUAAAUUUUUUUUGAACGUUUUGUUGUAUAUAUAAAAAAAUAAAUAAAAAAAAAUAA